UCUAUUUUCAUCUUUCUUUCCUAUCGUCAUGUCUUGUUAUAUUAACAAACUAAUUGCAACAAGUAUUUAAUUAAUAUGCUCCACGUUUUUCGAAAUUUAUUGGUGACGCCAAACCGCAUAUGCAUCGAUCGUAUCUCUUGAAAUCACACGUGCGGAAUUCUUAUAACUUGAGUCAUCCGUGUAAAUCAAUCGACACUAUACAUAGUAUAAUCAUAUAUAUACAUUUUAGUGGCGCGCCGCGCGGCGGAUUUCCGUCCGUACCUUACUUGUUGCAGAUGAGCCGGCUCCCGUUUUACUACGAUCUUUCUCUUUACCGUUUUCUUAGUGCUGUAUUUUUUAUAUAAAAUAUUGUACGGCAACGACAUAACACGACGAUUAUUUUGCGUAUAUGAAUAAAUCGCAAAAUGGAGGAGAUCAUUAAGAAAUUGCUCGCUACUGACACUGAGAUUAUCCAGCAGGCAACUACAGAACUUAAUGAAGCCCUCAAAAAUCCAGAAAGCACUCGAGCACUUUGUCAAAUUUUGGUUUCAUCUCAAGAGAAAGAGGUGAGACAAUAUGCAGCAGUAUUGCUCAGGAAACGUUAUCGCAAGAAAAGCUAUUGGACACAUUUACCAGAUCCUGUGAAGCAAGAGUUCAAGUCUCUUUUACUCCAGGCUCUUGUCCAUGAACCAGAAAAGUCUGUUAAAAAUGCAAUUGCACAACUUAUUGGAACUAUUGUAGAACAUGAAUUACCUCAUAAUAGCUGGCCAGAAGCUUUUCAGUUCAUACAACAACUUGUUACUGAUACUAAUAUUGCAAGUCAAGAGCUGGGAAUGUUCACUUUAUCAACAAUGACAGAAAUUGCAUAUAAUGUUUUCUUACCCCAUGUGAAUACUAUUAUGAACUUAUUACAUGAAACAUUGAACAAAUUCACAGACUUGGCCAAUCCAGUAUCAUGUUAUGUUUUAGAAGUUAUGCUCCAUUUGGUACCCUUAGUAGAAGGCAAUCAAGAUUUGGUAAAUGCUUACCAUCAUAUGAUGCCGCGAGUAAUGCAAAUAAUACAUUCAUUGACCGCCAUAAAUCAAGCAAAAGCAAUCAAAGGUUUUGAGUUGUUGGAUGAAUUAUGUGAAUGUGCUGCCACAGUGAUUUCACCGCAUGUUAGAAAUUUGGUUGAAAUGUGUGUAACAAUUGCCAACAACGAAUUACUUGAAGAAGAACUCAGAACAAAAUCCGUGAUAUUUUUAGGUUGGCUCACCAAAGUUAAAAAAAAAGCUAUUGUCAAACACAAAUUGGUCGAGCCUAUUGUCGAUACACUAUUUAUGUUAAUGUGCUCAAAGCCAGAUGAUGAAAAUCAAGAAGUUUAUUUCACAGGUGAAGACGACAACACACCAAUUACAAGUGCAACCCAAACAUUGGACCUGUUGGCAUUACAUCUGCCUCCUGAAAAACUGGUUCCUUAUUUGUUAAAACACAUCGAACCCGGCCUAGAAGAUAGUAAUAUUUACGCUUGUAAAGCUUCAUACUUAUCCAUGGCAGUACUUGCCGAAGGCUGUUCGGAAUACAUUCGUACCAAGUAUCUUGAAACCUUCUUAAGCUGCAUCUGUAGUGGCAUUACCAAUAGUCAACCUGUAGUCCGUAAUGCAGCUCUUUUCGCUCUCGGGCAAUUUUCCGAACACUUGCAGCCGGACAUAAGUCGUUAUGCUGACGAAUUACUUCCAGUUUUAUUACAAUACCUCAAUCAAACUACCACACAGAUUAGACAGGAGAACAAAGAAUCACCAUCGACCGAUCGUAUGUUUUAUGCUCUCGAAAUGUUCGCUGAGAAUUUGAAUGAGGGACUUUUGCCUUAUUUACCGAAUCUUAUGAGUAUACUUUUUGAAAUACUCGAGGAUGCUAAUAGUCCGGUGCAUAUUAGCGAGCUUGCUCUCAGUGCUAUUGGAGCUGCAGCGAAUGCUAGCAAGGAGCACAUGAUGCCGUACUUUGAAAAAAUUAUCGCAUUGAUACAGCCUUACUUGAAUGUCGAAAAGGAUAAUCAGGAGAGGGCGUGCUUGCAAAUACAAGCUGUCGAUACUUUAGGAGUACUGGCAAGGACUGUCGGUAUACAAAAUUUUGCACCUCUGGCGAUGAAAUCGCUCGAAUUGGGUAUCAAUCUAUUAAAAGAAACAGAAGACCCCGAUUUAAAAAAGUCAAUUUAUGGUUUACUAGCAUCAAUCAGCGUUGUGAUGAAGAAUGAGAUGUCGAUAGUUUUGCCAGUCAUUAUCGAGUACAUGAUCACAAGCGUAAAAAGCUCAGAAGGAAUUUUGACACAUGUAAAAGACGACGAUUCAACGGUAUAUCUAAGCAACCAACAGGAAAGUGAUAGAGAUGAGGAAGAUAUUGAAGAUACCGACAACGAGGAUGACGAUGAUGAAGAUUUCGUUGGAUACAGCGUUGAGAACGCCUAUGUUGAAGAAAAAGAAGAGGCUAUUUUAGCUCUGAGAGAAAUUGCUGAGAAUACAAAAGAAGCAUUUAUGCCAUACUUAGAAUCUUCGUUCGAAGAAGUCCUCAAAGUUGUUAACUAUCCUCAAGAAGACAUUAAAAAGGCCGCUAUAGAUGCAUUGAUGCAGUUUACCGUAAAUUUUUCAAAGAUAGAAACGCCAGAAGGCAAAGCGGCUACGCAAAAGGCGCUUUCAGUUCUAAUACCAAAAUUUUCUGAGCUUAUACGUCUCGAUGAGGAAAGGGAUGUGGUGAUUCAGUCUUUGGAUGCUCUUUCUGAACUGCUUGAACAGCUCAAAACUGAUGCGAUCGUUGGCUAUGGACACAAAGAUGCGGUGAAGAAUAUAAUUACAGAUGUAAUGUUAGGACGAAUCCAGUGUCAAGAUCAAGAAUAUGGCGAGGAUGAUGACGAUGGCGAAGCUGAGCACGAUGAGUUGCUUUUUGAGUACGCUGGCCAGGUGCUCGUCAAUUAUGGAAGAUCUGUCCCUAAUGACGACUUUGCUUUGUGCUUCAAAGAUGUUCUUCCAAUGUUCCUCAAACGACUAAAAAGACAUCACUCAGAAUCUCAAAGGUCGUACAGCAUUGGAACUAUAGCAGAAUGCUUACCAUUGUUGGGCAAUCAAGUACCUGCUUUUGCUCAUCAAUUUUUCCCAGCCUUUAUCAAAUUAGCGAAUGAUUCCAGUGCCGAAGUUCGUAGCAAUGCCAUCUUUGCGCUCGGCGAACUGGCUUUCUUUGGAAAGGAACACAUAUAUUCACAUUAUCCUCAAAUACUGCAAGCUCUGUCGGGUUUGAUAAGCCACGAGAGAAGUGCACAAGCUCGUGACAAUAUCAUCGGGGCGAUCGCUCGACUGAUAAUAACCAACCACACGAUAAUACCGAUAGAGCAGGUGUUUCCCGUUUUUAUUAGUCAUUUACCCUUAAAAGAAGAUCUCGAGGAGAACAAGACAGUCUACAAAUGCGUCCUUGUGCUCUAUCGAAAUGGACACGCAAUUCUAAGACCACACAUACCAACUUUGCUCAAGGUCGCUCUCGAUAUAUUCGAGAAUAAAGCUUCCGAUAAUGAGGUAAAAUCUAUCGUACGAGAAUUUGUGGUACCCGUACAGAAAGAUUUUCCGGACGAGUGGAACACGUUUUGCAGCCAAUUGUCUGAAGAGUCCGCUGCAUUGAUUAAACAGAUAUUUUUGUAAAUACAUAGGCUUUGAACUAUUCUUUUUUAUACCUGGAUAAUGAUUAUUUACAUACGUUUAUAUGCAUCGUGUAAUAAGAGUUUAAUAAAAAAAACAAAGAAUGUUACUGAUUACCUGCUUGUUUUGCAGAAUUUUUCAUUGCACAUUUGUUUUGGUUAUUGACAGCAAAAUAAAUUUUUGUAGCACUUAAAAAAAUUCAUUAUGGUAGGAUUAAUUACAAGAUUUCACGAGUUUCACGAGUGGAAGGAUUAAAUGAAUUUUUUUAAUAUAGAACAGAUAAUCGCGAUUUUUCAAAUACCAAUGCCGUCA